AAAAAAAAAAAAAAACACAAAACCUGAGAACCAAAACAUCAGCACAGAAUCGAAAUCGCAGAAUCACUACUCUAGAAAUUCGAAUCCCAAAUUAAAAUCCCAAGUUCGUUCUUCUUCGAUUUCACAGAGCAGAUUAUUGUAUCUUAUUGUGUCUUCGUAGUUUCUGAAAGAGAGAGAUGGAUUGGGACAGCGUUGCUGCUGAGGAUGUGAUCGAGGCGUUAAGAGAGGUCGAAUGGUCGGCGAGUCCUCGUUCCUUGGCCGAGUUCUUCUCCAGAUUCGCGUUUCCUCGCUCUUUCUCUAAAUGGAUGAGCCGUCUCAAAUGCAAUCUCUACUACUAUAGGACGAAUUACUUCAUCCUCUUGAUUUGCGUUCUGGGUCUUGCACUUAUCACUCGACCUCUGGCAAUUCUUGGUGCUGCUCUUACAGCUUUAAGCUUAGCUUUCCUAAACGACAGUUUUGCAGCUACUUUUAAUGAGAAGAUGAUCCGGACCAUUAGGCAUUUUUCGCCACACUUAGCUGCCAAGAUGAGGCCUCCCCACAUGCCUGUCAUUCGUGGGCGAUCUGCAACUAGAAAGACAGUCUACAUUUGUGGCCAACCUCGUUUGGUAUUCGUGUUGAUUGGCUUAACCGCCAGUUUUGUCCUGUGGUUCAUGUCCUGCGGUUUGUUAUGGGUCCUCUAUGCAUUUACCACUGCCAUUCUCAUGAUACUUCUUCACGCAAGCCUGAGAACUCCAAACCUCAAGGCACGCUUGAACACAUUCCGUGAAGAAUUCAGGGCUGUCUGGCGUAACUACAGCGAACUCUAAGUCAACAGGAAGCAUUGAUUGGAUCUUGAAUCAAACCAAGCAGGAAAUCAAAGGUCUCAAGUAAGGACAUGAACUCCAAUGCCUUCCAUCAUGUGCACAAACACAAUGGCAGUUAUUCUUGUCUUCUAGUAGUAAGCUAUAAGGCCACUUAUCUGAUAACAGAUGCGGCUCUUUGUUCUAGUUAGUUGACUAGAACCACAAGGUUAAAUCGCAGACAAAAUAUAUAUAGUGUUGUGCUCUUUAGGUUCCAUUGUAAUGCUGCUCAACACAAAGUCUGUUGUAGUGAUACUAAUACUCUUUAGUCUUUACAGUGUGUUUAGUGAUUCAGCUUUAAAUAUCUUCCCUAA